GUGUAUUAGAACACUUGAUCAAAAAUUAAAGUAAUUUAUUAACCACUACUACAUUUUAUUGAUUUCAAUAGCCAGAUAUCAUAAGCAUGUGUAAACCUAUCUUCAAUCUGUAGUUGAAUGGAUUAAGAAACAUGGCCUCGACACUGGAAGAUUCGGAAUAUACCCCUCCUUUGAUAGGAACAAUUACAGUACCAAGCAAAGUUUUAAGAAAAUCUUCAGGAAUCUCUUGUGACAUCGGCGGCAGCUUGGCUAAAUUUGUCUACUUCUCCAAUGAGGAUCAAAAGACUGGGGAUGAUGGUAAAACGACGUUGAAUCUAGUGUCGUUUCCGAAGGACAGAAUCGACGAUGGACUGUCGUAUAUUAACAAAUGUUUUACAACUCGUGUGACAAUGGGGGAUUGGCGGGAUGAGAAGAUAACAACAACUGGUAUAGGUGCCUACCAGUACAAGAAGAAACUCAGUGAGGCCCUCAAAGUUGAAACAGAGAACAUUGAGAACAUGGUUGAAACCGACUGCUUCAUUAAAACGUUGCAGUUGCUUGGCAGAACAGUCCCACGAGCUGAAUUGAUGAACGAUGUUGACGAAGAGGCUCAGGAACAAAUGAAAAAACUUGUUGAAAUGAUGUUUAAAAUGAUGGAAGAUCUGAAAGCAUCUGGUCAGUUAAAAGAAGGAAUGGAGUUCCCGAUAGAUGAACAGCUUGUGAGCGAUACUCAGAAAGGAACUGGUGCGAGUGCAGAUGACCUUGCAGUUCAUUAUCCAUGUGCUGUAUGUAUGAUAGGAUCGGGGGCUGCGGUGCUAAAACUCGAGGAAGAUGGCACUUAUUCUAUGGUUGAUAUGACUAAUUUAGCAGGGAAGACAUUUCUGGGGCUUGGAUCACUAUUAACAGGGGCGAAGACAUUUGAGGAACUAAUCAGUUUAGCUGAGAAUGGCUCAUCUGAGAAUGUUGACAUCAUGACCUCAGAUCUUCGUAGUGAAGAAACAGACAGCGAUAUAUAUUCCGCUUUCACACACUCUAUGGACGUUCUACUUUAUUCUUUUGGAAAGAGCACCAAUAAGGAUUUGGGAGAUUUCAAGAAAGAGGACAUCGCCCGCUGUCUUUUAGCCAAUAUGUGCCAGAUUUUGACACAAACAGCUCAAAGUGGCGCGGCAGGCAAUGGACUCAAACACAUCUAUUUUUGUGGGAGUUUCAUUGGACACGAACUUGUGAUAAGGGAAAUGUCCAAAGCCAUCAGCCAUCGAGCUAUGUUAAAUCCACAGGUGAAUCUUAAACUAGACUACGGGUUUGUCAAACAUGGUGGUUAUUUGGGAGCAAUAGGAGCUCUACUUUUUGCGCAAGAGGACAAGUAUUCUAAGAUACAAAGUUUAUCAGCAGGCGAUGGUAACAAGGAGGCCAGUCAGAAAACUCAUCUUGAAUUGAAUAACAAUGAACGAAUGAAGCCUAAGAAAUAUGCGUAUGACCCAACUACAAUAUGAUUCAUUACAAAAUGCUUAUUCUCUCUAACUCUAUCAAAUUUUGAAAAUGUGUUCGGCCGAGUGAAAGAUUGAUAGUAGGCGGCCAGAUUGUCAUAUCCAACUACUAUAGCAUCAUUAUACAAACUGAUCAUGUAAUAAUGGCGCAUAAAACAUGACUGCAUGUAAAUAAAAUUAUAAAUAUAUCUUCUUUGCAAUAUACAAAAUAUCAUUCAAAUUUUACA